AUGUAUAGAACCUCCAUAGUCCAUACAAGCAAUUCAAAUUCGGAAUUAGACAAAAUGAUACAUUUAGGAGCAAUAUUUUCAUCAUAUGAUUCACUUAGUAGCAUUAUUAAAGAAUAUGAGCAGUCAUGCCUAGUUAAUUUAUAUAUUGCAAGGUCUACAUUGUUAAAAGCUCCCCAUCCUGAAGAGCUCAUAAAUCUUUUUAAAUAUCAAAAGGUUUAUUAUUCUUGUAAAUAUGGGGGAUCCAUACAAAAAAAUCGCUCAAAAAAUAUAAGGAAUACUUCAACAUUUCGUAAAAUGUGCUCUUUUAAAUUUACAGUGUGUCUAAAAUACAAAGAUACUACCCACUUCCUACAAAUUGUGACUAUGGUCAAUAAACAUACAAACCAUGAUUUAGAUAAAAAUACAUUUGAAUCUCUUCCUAAACAAAGAGUACUUUCUCUUGAAGAGAGAGAAUCAGUUGAAAAGUACUUAAACUUAAAAGCUAACAAGCUAAAAAUACAAGAAUCCAUGCUUAAAUUAGGAAAAAAUAUCACCCUUAAAGAUAUUCACAAUUUACAAACUAAUAUUAAUAAAUCAAAGUGUAAUGAUUUAGCCAGCAUUUUCCAGCUGCUUAAAGGAAAUAAAGGAUCUAUUGUUGAGGUCACUGAAGAAAAUGAUAUUCUAUUAGGAAUUUUUUUUCAAGAUGAGAUGAUGCAACAUAAUCUCAAAAGAUAUCCAGAGGUUAUGUUUGUGGAUGCAACCUACAAGCUAAAUAAUUAUGGGAUGCCUCUCUUCAUUACCUUAAUAAUUGAUGGAAAUGGUGAAUCACAAAUAGUGUCACUUUGGCUUGUACAAAGUGAAAGCUAUAAAUGUGUAAAAAAAAUGUGUGAUAUUAUGAAAUAUCAUAAUAAUAAUUUAACAAAGCUUGAAGUUAUUGUGGCUGAUAAAGAUAUGGCAGAUAGAAGUGCCUUCUAUGAAAGUUUCCCAGCAGUAAAUAUUCACAUAUGUAUUUUUCAUGCUUUGAGGAUAUUUAAAAGAGAGAUUACAGCUGAAAAGAGAAAAAUUACUACAUCUGAAGUUAAAACAGUGCUGGAAAUACUAGGAAAAAUGGUAUACAGUAAGACUGAAGAUGUAUACAAUUAUCUUUACGAGAAACUUAUAGAUUUAAAAUUGCCCUUAGUUUCUUUGUAUUUUAAUACACAUUGGCACUUUAUUAGAAAAGAAUGGGUGAUAUAUUGGAGAAAUGAGUCACCACAUCUGCUCAAUUUUACUAACAAUCGUUUAGAAUCUCUUAAUCAAAAAAUUAAAAGAGUUGUAAAUAAAUAUUCUCCUUUAAAUGAUCUUUUUUCAGAUUUAUCAACAGUAGUUAGUUCUCAAGCCUUUGAAAGGCAUCACAGAAAUAUAAUGUGUAUUGAGAGGCUACCAUGUGUCACCUACGCAUGUUAUACUCCAGAAAAUUUGUAUUCAAUUCUUUUAACACCAUAUGCCUUUAAAAUUAUUUUAAAUGAAAUCUCAUUUCAUAAUCAAAUACAUCUAUUAAAUAUUGAUACUAUUUUAAACCAUGCGUUGGUCUGUGAAAAGGGUGUAGAAUUUAAAAUUACACUAAAAUCAUGUGCAUGUGGCUUUUUGACUUGCAUAAAGCUGCCUUGUCGCCACAUAUUAGCACUUCAUGCUGCCUUAAAAUUGGAUAUUUAUCUUAAUCAUCUCUGUGGAGAGAGGUGGACUAAAAAAUAUACACAGGAUAGCUCAAUAUUGUCACCUGAAGAUUCUUCUCUGUCUCAGUCAUAUUUAAACAUUUCCCAACAUCAUGAUUUUCCAUGCACAAAAAAUUUGUCAACCAAUGAAAAAUUUAAACAAGUUCAAAGAAUAUUGAUGCCCUUUUCAAGUUUAACAUCUCAGCUUCCUCAAGAAAUUUUUGAUGUAUUUAUCGAAAAACUAAAAAAACUUGAUAGUAUAGUUCAAGCUGGAAAAUAUUUUGAUAUCAUUGAAGUGAAUCAAAGUAUAUUUCCCAAUCCCAUAGUUAUUCCAAAGAUAAACAUUAUACAAGGUUAG